GCCGAAACCUCCCAUCCUCACCAUCUGCGCUUAUCUUCAAAGGCCAUGUAGGUGAACCUCAACGCCCAACAUGAUCCCGCCGAGCUUGACGUCGCGGCGCAAUUGGGCAACGCCCAUGGACUGGGAAUCCUAUCGCGCCCGCAUCAUAAAUCUCUAUAUCGAUCAAAAAAUGCCGUUGAGGUCAGUCAUGCAGCACAUGCGUGACCGGCACCAUUUCCACGCCACCGAGAAAAUGUAUAAAAUGCAUUUCGUACGAUGGCGCGUCCGCAAGAAUUUCAAAAAGUGGGAGAUCGACGACCUCGUUCGUCACCAGCAACAGAGUCAGCCCCCUCUAGAGCUUGGUAAAACUCAUCGUUGUCAGCUUUUAUCAACAUCUUGUCGUACCCCAUCACCAGACCCCCCCAUCUCAAUCCUCUUCCCCCUUUCGACACCCGAAACACUGCACCAACCCGAGCACUUCAUGCGCCUCACAACACAAUACAUAACCUGGGGUUUCAACUCGGGCUCCUGGCAGGCCAACCCGCCCCCCCUCGUCAUGUCAGCCAGUUAUGUCCAGUUCCGCGCCUGGUUCGACGACAUCAUCGUCGGCAAACAACUUCUCCUCCUAGGCAACACCAAACAAGCCUUCGCCGUCUUCCAGUCCUCCACCGAUAAGUAUGCCCGCAUCGUCCUGGGGAAGAACCCUCGUCUGAUGAUCUACACUUACAUCACCGCUCUAUUCCUCAUUGACGUGGCGCCUGAUUUGGUCAGGUCUAUUAUCAAUCAUGCAGUUGAUCUAUGCCGCGUUGUCCAUCCGAAUCCCGCGCACCCAUUGAGGCUGUUGAUGGAAUUGAUGACCAGGACGAGCUUUGCUGAUUUUCGGAGGAGUGCGCGACAUGUGCUGCACUGCUACUUUCAUCAGAUUGAAGCCAACGUGGAAGCAUCUACUUGGAACACGAAAUGCGUCACGAAGCUGCGCGCGCCGAUAUCGAAUAUUUUGGCGACUGAGGGGCUGCUUGACUUUGAGCAGGCGGAGUGCACAUUGAAGAUGGUACUUCGGAGGAGCUGCAAGGAGGGUCAUACUGCCGAGCCAGUUGACGAAUUCAAUCUGACUCUGCUCCAGACCAGGCUUGAUCUUGCGAGUUUAUAUCUGCGAUGGGCGAAACUCGACGAGGCACAUACGAAUAUUGCUGAAGCAGUUGAUUCGGAGGAGAUACGGAAACACCCCUUUUGCGUCGUUCAGGCGUGUCUCUUGCUUAUAUCCAUCGCCCGUAAGCAGGGCAGCCAGAAACGGGUCCUUAGCCUGGUCCCCAAGGUUGCUAAACUCUGUCUGCAACAUGGCAGAGAAUCUGACGGAGUGACUGUCACUGCAUUGAAUAAUCUGGAGUCGUACUUGCGUGAGGUUGGUCAAAUCAAAGAGGCAGAUUGUAUCAGCCGCGAUCUAGACGCUGUCGCGACGGCGUCAUUGUAUACGGCAAAGCUUCCAUUCAGGCUUGCUAGUGCGAUGCUUCCAGUAGAAAGAGAAACAAAUAUUCUAGAGGCAGGUAUGGGAGGGGCCAUCAUACAUGAGGGAUACGAUAGAGACAGGAGCGACGAACCUCCUACGAGGUACUCGUGUUCACGCUCUCCGAAGGAGGAAAACUUGCAUUAAUCAUAAUUCUCGUCAAUAUAAAGGCAAUUAACGAACUGACCGAUGUUGUCUAAAGCACGACAUCGUUCCUCCCUCAACAGUAAUACUUAAUUCAUAAACCC